CACAGCUGCAGGUCCUGCCUCUGAACCAGGUAGUGUGGAAGGAAGCAUUUGCUGGGAAACAAUAUGACCACGUCCCAAAAGGGAAAGAUCUUUCUAGGCCAUCCUCAGUGACUCAACCCACGGCUGGGAUAGGGUAUGACUUUCUGCUUCUCAAAACUGAAGGACAGGGAGGAAUGUGCUUCCAUUUCCGGUAUGCCACCCAUCUUCCACUUCUGCCCCCAGCACGCAACGCAUCUCAAGAGCCAGUAUCUGAAAAAGGCUGCUGCAAACCUGUCCUCUGCAGAGGUGGUGUGGCAGCGAGGGCUGCCCAGCGUGUCUUACAGCCAGUACAGCUUUGACCACCUCUACAACACAGACGACAUCAUCCAGCCUCCCCACGUCAGGAAAGCCCAACCUGAGAAACGUGUCAGCUUCAGGCUCCUACAUCCCUCAGGACCCUUGGCAGGAGACACCCCCCAGGCUGGGAAGACAGAAAGUUCUCCCCAUUUUGAAAAGAAGCGAAAGAAACCAAAGCCAGAAUGCAUGGUCCAGGAAACUUCUCACUCUCUCAUGCCUUCGCCCAGCAAGAAUCCAGAUAUGCUAGAUCUGCCACCUUCUCCAGAUGUGGAAAGGGACGUCUGGCUUCCACCUUCUGAGAAGGAAGACAGAGCCUGGGAGACCAUUGUGUUGGAAAAGCUGAACAAGCGCACAGCCUGAUGGAUCCAGAACAAGCAUCCCGCAAAGCCUGGAGUAUCACCCAACAAGUGGCAGAGCUUCUUGAGCCAGCAGUAUGACUGGAGCCAUAUCCAGGAUGAACUCACCUCGGCUACAGACCUGGAGCUCCUGAAACAGCUGGAAGCAGAAGAGACAGCAGAGUUUGAGGGUCAAACUAUCAUCCUGCUCCCCCAGGGAGAAAAGAAACCAGAGCUGCUGCUUCCUGUUUACUACAGAUUACCCAGUUAUUCCCCACAAGUACAGACAGUUGAAAGCAUGCCCAGCAAGAAUACAACGGCUGAGGAUAUCAAGGAAAAGAAAAGCACCUCCCAGCCCCCAAAGCAGAGCUGCUUUCGACAAGUGAAUCUUCAAGCUGGAAAGUUUGCUUACUCCACAGAUAACACCUUUGAACAGGAGAUUUACUUUGAUGGAGUCCAGAUCAUCCACAACAUUGGAGGAAAGAGAAACCAUAUUUUUCUGGAAAACUGCAGUUGGUAUGACAAACAAUUAUGUAAGAUCUUCCCUGAAACUCCAGAAAAGUGGAGUUUCCAGCCUGUUCCUGAAGCACCUUGUAGGCCCGUGAAAGGAGCCCUGCGCUGGACUGCUCUACCCACUCCAGCCAAAGAUCUGCUGUUGCAGGUGGGUGAGGAGGAUGUGCCCAUCAAGACCAGGAAAUCCAAGAAGCUGGUGAAAUCACUGGUGGAGGAUGUGACUUGGGAACUGGUGGUUCUGAGGAGGAUGGUGCAGGAAUGGAAGACUGCCUGGGGCCUGAUCAUCGAGUGGCACCACGAGACAGUGGAGAGCCUGAUGCAAGGCUUACAAGACAUAUAUGAUCACAUUCGGAUCCAAGCUAUCAUCACAUGUGCCACAGCUGCUCUGGAAUGGCCUCGGAUUGCCCCCAGCCCAAGGGACUCAGACGUGAAGCCAUUUAUGCAGGACUUGCUAGAGGCUCUACAGCCUUCCCUGGAGGCUGCUCUUUGUGACAAGAAUGUCAGUGUGAGGAUAGCAGCAGCACUAUGCCAAUAUGCCACACAGUCACAUAAUCCCCUUGCCCGGGACGUCAUGGAGACAGCCCUUGUGAAGGGUAAUAGUGCGGACAGCUGGGCUGCAGCUCAGUGCUUGGCUGUCAAAGGUAUUGCUACUUACCCGGUAAUUAAGAGGAUUCUCCAUCAGCUGUUUAACAAGACGCAUGAAGACACUGAGAACCAGUCUUGUAUCCUCCUGUGCCAUCUCAGUGGAAAGACAACCCUGAUACACACCAUGCUUGCUGUGGAACUGAAUAGCCAUCAAUGGAAGGACCAGACUGUGGCCUGCUGGGCUUUCUCUAGGAUCAGUGGAAAUGUCUGUUUAGAUAUGAAACAUAAGUUGAUCCAGCUGAUGUGGAAUGACUGGAAUAAGGAAGUGAGGCAAGCAGCUGCCCGUGCACUGGGGCAAAUGAGCCUUGGGAAAGAGGUGCAUGAUACAAUUAGGGUUAAACUGGCUGAAGGAAAUGCCCAGGAAUGCAUGAAAGCACUCUCCCUGAUAGGUGGGCUCAAGCUCAUGACUGCCAAGCUUCUCCCAGGCUUCCUGCAGUGCUUCUCUGAUGAGUUUGUAGCAGUUUGGCAGGCAGCCUGUUUGGCAGCAGGUGCCCGGCAGAUCCACAACAAGAUGCUUUGCACAGCGUUGGGACAGAUUGGGGAAGUGAAUCCCCAGGUGGCUGAUCUCCUGCUCUGGGCUGUCCACUUUGAAGAAUCACCACGCGUACGAGUGGAAGCCUGCCAUAGCAUCCUGGCCCUCAAACUUCAAGGGGACAGGGUCAGGGACACCUUCCUAGAUGUGUUGCUUCUGGAGAACCAUGAGGCUGUUCUCAAAGAAAUUUACCAAGCAAUGAAGAUACUCAACUUAGGAAACGAAGAAAACCAAGAAAUGGUUCAGGAAGUCAAGAACAGGAUUAAAUCACUAAACCAAAAGGACUUGCUGACGCAGAAAAUAUUCAAAAUAAACAGGGUCACAAGAAAAGUGAAAGAAGCAGCAAAAUGUGUUUACUCACAACCCAAAGAGGGGCAAAAACCAUUGAAACUCCAUACUUUUCUCCAAAAAACUUUUCAGGAUGAGGUGGUUCUUCCCAAAAGACUGUCUGAGGUUUGUGACAUCGAAGUGAUAACGCCUGUGAAGCCACGCACACCGAAUCCCUGGUUACAAAGUCCAGCCCUAGACCUAAACACACAAAACAGACGUCAUUUAUCACUUGUCAAAGACCUACACACUGCCCGGGAAAAAAGGAUUGCUAUGGGGCCUUUUGAGUCUCACACCUCAGGUCUUUAG